AUGUCACAGACUCACACCGCCGCCUCCGUUACGCUUGAGGAGAAAGAAAAGGGCAAGGAAUGGAAGGUUAUUCAAAGUGAAGAUCAAGAAGUCAAUAUAGACGAGAGACCGGGCCGCUGGGACAAGAUUGGAUGGACUAUUGGACCGGUUGAUGUCAGGGGCUCAGUGGAGCCUGACAUUCGCAUAUUCAGAAUAACCCGUUUUCUUAUCGGUGGAGUCAACAUUGGAAGUUUUGAGGGAAACGUAAGGGCUGGAAUGAAGUUCAAUGUCGACUUGGCCUAUUUGAAAGGAACCAUCCACAUCCAUGACAAGGAAUACAAAGACUUGUGGUGUAACAUAGACCUCCAUUUUCGGUCUGGUGAACCAUACAAGAAUGACUUCUAUAUAGGCUAUGUUUAGAUAUCCAUCAUCGCUGCCGCAGAUAUCUUGGAGUCAUUAUGCAGAGAUGGUGAAUUGGUAAAUAAUGAAAGAUUGGCCGAAUAAUAUCACGUACAAGUCCCUCAAAAUAUUUCUCAGGCGGCAGCACAAUUAGAUACAUGCUUGCCCCUCAUGCUCUAUUCUUUUUUGUUUUGAAAAAGCCCACCUCCUGGGAGAACUCCACUCGUGCUGCCAUCACGAUAGACAUGAUAUCUCUCGCCCUGUUGAAGAUAAUCGGCUGCGUUGCCAUUUUUAGCCAUCACUGCCACGGUGUAAUGCUCAUUCGGAUCACUACAUUCUACACGUCAAUAUGGAAGUUCAUUGGAGGGCAUUUGGGCCUGAAGUCAAGGGGUUUCUUACUUGCUUCCUUCGGUAUGCCAAGGAAGGAA